AUGGGGAAUAAGGCCUCAUCAAAUUCAAAGGUACAUGGCCAGGUUACAAGGGUUGUGUCUACUGAACUUGGCUAUGACCCAAGGAUGGGGAGGUCUGUUUCUAAACUCAGAAACGAAUACACAGCCAAACCCAAGGCAGAGACCGUAGGCACUAGAAAGGGACAACUUGGAAGUGGGGUGUACUCAGAUAACACCCCACUUGAUAACGAUGAAACUUUCACCACUUUCAUUCGACAGGCCAAGUAUAAAAUCAGAACCGUGUCCCACAUCCGUCGGGAGCAUAGCGACGUUGCACCUGCACCACCAUCAGAAUACGACGAGGCUAAUGGUAGGGAUAACCAAAACGACGAGUUUUCAGAUUUCAUUCAGAGUGCAAAGAAGAAGUUGAGAAGCACAUCGAGCAAGAGAAAAAAUGGUUCCUUCAACAGAGGCUAA